AUGGAACCCUCGGCCACGCGAGCCACACUGAAAGUGCUGGGUUUGUGUGCCCUGUUGUUGCUCCUGGUGGCUGCGGUGACCAUCUCGGUGGCCGUGAUGGUGAGGCAGUCUGAAGCGGCUCGCCAGCUGAGAGGAUGCCAGGAGCGGGCAUCGAACGAGACGGCAGCCCUGACAUUGCGGGUGGCUGAGCUGGAGCAGGAAAGAACCAGGCGAGAGAAACAACUGGAGAAAUUGGCACAGAGGGAGAAAGACCUGCAGAAGCAACUGAACCAGGCCAAAGAGGGCAAGAAGAGACUUAAUGCCACUUUGAUGGGCUGCUUAGAUAACAUGAUCCACUUGAAUGCUAACCUGUCAACUCUUCACAAUGAAAUGUCCACCCUUCAGGCAGAAGGUAUGAAGAUGGACAGCCAGAAUGGUGCCUUGCUAGUGGAGAUGACCAAACUUGAAGAGAAACUGGACGAAGCAAUUGGAGCACGAGAUGUUGUGGAGGCAGAGAAAGGACACUGUGAAGCACGGGAGAAGGCCCUCCAUGAGAGCAUGCACAGCUACCUGGCUGAGAUCGCUUCCCUCCAGCAACGCCUGCAAGUCCGUUCCUCCUCUGCCCACCGCAGGUGCCCCCCCUUCUGGUACUUAUUGUGGGGACUGGCCAGUUUUUGCAUUCUUUUCCGGCUCAGUUUCCUCUUUUAG